GGAGCAAGUCUCAGCGAAGUGUUGUAAGAAAACAGUAGAUGCGGUAUAUAAAUGACUUUACUGUACAACCGGCCGACUUAACAAGCAAUCUAAGGCAGUAUGUCUAACGAAGAGAAAGCAAUCGAGCUGAUUGCUCAGGCUGAGAAGAAAGUAAAGUCCUCCCAGGGUUUUUUAGGUGGACUAUUUGGGGGUGCUUCAAAGCUCGAGGAUGCGGCAGAGUUGUACAUUAGUGCAGGCAACAUGUUCAAGAUGGCACAAAAAUGGAGUGCGGCUGGUACAGCAUUCAUGGAAGCUGCUCAGUUACAACUCAAUUUGCAGUCCAAACAUGAGGCAGGGCAGCGAUAUGUGGAUGCUGGAAACUGUUUUAAGAAAACAGAUGUAGAAGAGGCUGCAAGAGCUUUUGAAAUGGCUAUUGACAUUUACACAGACAUGGGUCGCUUUACAAUGGCUGCCAAGCAUCACAUUACAGUGGCAGAAAUUCAUGAAAACAAUGCAGCUGAUUUGGAAAAGGCAAUAUUUCACUACAAUCAAGCUGCUCAGUAUUACAGAGGAGAAGAAUCAAACAGCUCAGCCAACAAGUGUUUAUUGAAGGUUGCAAUGUACUCGGCGCAGAUGGAGGAGUAUGCCAAGGCUCUUGAGAUUUAUGAACAGGUUGCUGCUGAUGCUAUUGAAAGUUCAUUACUCAAGUACAGUGCUAAAGAGUAUUUCUUCAAGGCAGCUCUUUGUCACAUGUGUAUAGACAUUGUGGAGGCACAGAGGGCAGUAGGAAAGUAUUGUGAUAUGUACCCCGCAUUCCAAGACACCAGGGAAUGUAAACUGUUACAGAAUCUCCUCGCUGCUCAAGAAGAACAAAAUGCAGAAGCUUUCACAGAAGCUGUCAAAGAGUAUGACAGUAUAUCGAGAUUGGAUCAGUGGCUAACCACCAUUCUUUUACGAAUCAAAAAAGGAAUGAAUGAAGAGCCAGAUUUAACAUAGAUUGAUUGUUCAGUCCACUGCCUAAUGCUACAAAUGAAGAUUUUUUUUUUUCUGCGGACAGACUGUAAAAGUAACUAAGAAUGAUAGUGAUUUACUGUAAUUAAAAGGUAGAAAGCUUACGUGCUGACCAAAUGCAUCCAAGACAAACAGUGCAAGUAUGUCUAUCGCCUCAUAGAAAUUCUAAUUAUUUUAGUAGAAUUCUAACUGAAAAUUUGAGCAUUCAAAUAAUGGUUUCCAGUUAUUUCUAGUCUUAGUAUUAAACUUCGCGCUUAAGAAAAAUCGCGCGGACUUAGUUUUUAAAGGUUUUGCAUUCAAGAAACCGUGAAUAUUCUUGUAUAAGUCUUCUCAUGAAUUUCAUUAUCAGUCUGUUUCCAAAUGUUCCUUCCAACUUCGGAGAAACGAGAAAACACUACCAUUUUGUUCGCCACAUAAAGGUACUGCAGACUAAUGGCUGAUAGUGUACGAUGGCCCAGCCAAUCAGAUUGCAGCAUUUUAGAAUGUUGCUAAACUAACGAGUAGAAUGUUACUUAAGUGAGAUAGAAGCUAAUUGGCUGUUUUUGUAUAUUGGUCAAGGUAGGCUUAGUUGAGUUUAAAAAGAUGCUGCGUUCUUAUUUGUCGUAGUAAUUGUCCUGAGGGCAACAAUACCAAAUCAUUAUUUCGCUUUUUGUCCGCUCUGCGAGUGAUGUCAAAAGAGGGUUAAGUUAUCUUAGCACGAAACAAGAUAAAAGCCUAGAUGUAAUAAAAACGAAACUUUGACAAGUUA